GUUUCCAAGGGUCUCCGCACUCCAUUCCGGUGAAAGGGCUGGACUCCGCUCCGGGUUUUGCUCCCUCACUGCUCUAUACAUCGCGUCUCCUCACUCCUGCAUUGCUGUAGCAGCAGAUGUUCGCGCGCUGAAGCCAAUAUCCACCGUUCUCUUUACCGGAGCAAGUGUUCUGCAGCGGACAGCGAGGAGACGAAGAAGAGUGAGGACGUUUGCUUUCUCUCUUCACACGUCUGGAGUGUGUGUAUGUGGGUGAGUGAGCAGAAGAAAUUAGAGUCGCGUCUUUAUUUACCACACCUGUGAUGCGCUGCUGUCUCUGAGCAACGAAGACGCACUGAUGGCCAAGGUACAGGAAGAGGAUAUGUGUUGAAAGAGGACUUCUAAAUGCGCUGAUCGGUGUAAUAUUACAAAAAACUAAACCCAGACAGACAGCAGAUACACCUCGCAGCUCAUUCAGCAGAUAUUACUGACUUAAAGUUGAACGAGAAGGUGAUAAAGAUGCCGUUACACCUGGGUCCCUUUGUCCGCUGGAGAUCCGGGCUUGUACUCACAUGGAUCUGCUUGUUUUCGUCCGGAUUUACCUUCACUGGUGGAGAGCAUGCGGCCACUGUAACACAUCCACUUCCUGCGGCCUUCGCCGACCUGCUGCCACACUUCCUGGUGGAGCCUGAUGAUGUUUAUAUCGUUAAGAACAAGCCAGUGACCCUCACCUGCCGCUCGACCCCUGCCACUCAGAUCUACUUCAAGUGCAACAGCGAAUGGGUUCAUCAAGAUCAGCACUUGAUCGAGCGUGACGUGGACCCUGCCACAGGACUGCCGGUGAUGCAGGUGAAGAUUGACAUCUCCAGACAGCAGGUGGAGAAGAUCUUCGGUCUGGAGGAUUACUGGUGUCAGUGUGUGGCCUGGAGCACUACAGGAACCCAGAAGAGCCAAAAGGCAUAUGUGCGCAUCGCCUAUCUGAGGAAGAACUUUGAGGAGGAACCGCUGGGUAAGGAAGUGGCACUGGAUCAGGAAGUCCUUCUGCGCUGUCAUCCUCCUGAAGGUGUUCCUCCUGCAGAGGUGGAGUGGCAGAGAAACGAGGAGCUGAUCGACCCCAAGACUGACCCCAAUUUCUUCAUCACCGUGGACCAUAAUCUCAUCAUCAAACAAGCCCGCCUGGCCGACACAGGCAACUACACCUGCGUGGCCAAGAACAUUGUGGCUCGACGAAAGAGCUCCUCAGCUACUGUGAUUGUCUACGUGAACGGUGGCUGGUCCACGUGGGCCACCUGGUCGGCCUGCAGUGCUGUCUGCGGUCGGGGGUGGCAGAAGAGGAGCCGGAGUUGCACCAACCCCACUCCCCUGAACGGCGGGACGUCCUGCGAGGGCCAGAGUGUCCAGAAAAGUGCCUGCACUGCCACCUGUCCAGUGGAUGGAGGUUGGAGCGAGUGGAGUAAAUGGUCGCCAUGCGGAGCCGACUGCACCAUGUGGAGGAGCAGGGAAUGUACCCAACCUUCACCCAGCACGGGUGGGAAAGAAUGCCAGGGGCUGGAUCUCCAAUCUCUCAACUGCACCAGUGAGCAGUGCCCACAGACGGCAUCAGGUGCUGAGGAUGUGGCCUUGUACGUGGGGAUCGUAGCGGUGGCUCUUUGUCUGACUCUGCUGCUGAUCGUACUGGUGCUGGUCUACCGCAGGAAGAAGGAAGGUCUCGAUGCAGAUGUGGCUGACUCCUCCAUCCUCACCACUGGCUUUCAGCCCAUGGGCAUCAAGCCCACAAAGCCAGGUGUGUGGGCACCGCGCAGGGCAGCCCGCAGCAAAAACUCUCAUUUGCUCACCAUCCAGCCCGAUUUGACCACCACCACCACAAGCUACCAGGGAACUCUGCGUUCUCGCCACGAAGUCACCGGAAAGUUCUCCGUGAGCAACGGCCCCCUCCUGGAGCCUCUUCCUAACGGCUCCCACACGCUGCACAACGGCAAACUGCCCAGCGACCCCAAUGACUUCAUGAACCGCCUGUCCUCUCAGACGUAUUUCAAAACGCUACCGAGAGACAACGUCAACACCUCCUACGGCACUUUCAAUUUCCUGGGUGGUCGCCUAACCCUCCCCAGCACUGGAAUCAGCCUGCUCAUCCCGCCAGAGGCCAUUCCCAGAGGGAAGAUUUAUGAGAUUUAUCUCACCAUUCAGAAGAAAGAAGACAUGAGAUUGCCCCUGGCUGGGUGUCAGACGUUACUAAGUCCCGUGGUGAGCUGCGGACCGCCCGGUGUGAUGCUCACCCGGCCGGUCAUCCUCAGUAUGGACCAUUGCACUGAUGCGUGCCUGGAGAAUUGGGCCAUCCGUCUCAAGAAGCAGUCAUAUGAGGGAACAUGGGAGGAUGUACUUCAGCUUGGUGAGGAAGUGGUUUCGGAGCCGUACUACUGCCAGCUGGAGGUGGAGACGUGCCGGGUGUUCACUGAGCAGCUGGGCCGCUUUGCUCUGGUCGGGGAGUCCCUCAGCAUGGCUGCAGCUAAACGCUUAAAACUGCUGAUGUUUGCUCCCGCCUACUGUUCUACACUGGAGUACAACAUCCGCGUCUACUGCAUGGACGACACACAGGACCUGCUAAAGGAGGUGAUGCAGAUGGAAAGACAGCUGGGAGGUCGACUGAUUGACGAGCCUCACGUCCUGCUCUUCAAAGACAGCUACCAUAACCUGCGCCUCUCGAUUCACGACAUGCCCCAGGCACACUGGAGGAGCAAACUACUCGCUGGCUAUCAGGAGAUCCCCUUCUAUCACAUCUGGAGCGGCUCUCAGCGGACCCUGCACUGCACCUUCACAUUGGAGAGACAGAGCCUGAGCACCUGUGAUCUCACCUGCACGCUGUGUGUGUGGCAGGUAGAAGGAGAAGGACAAAGCUUCACCCUGGACUUCAACAUCUCGAAGGACAUCAGACCACUGGACUCUGAUUUCCUGUUAAUGGACAACUGCACCCCUGCCCUGGCUGGUCCGAGCGCAUUCCAGAUCCCUUACCUCAUCCGACAGAAGAUCUGCAGCAGUCUGGACACCCCCUGUCCCAAUGGAGCAGAUUGGAGACUACUGGCCCAGAGACUGAAGCUUGACAGGCACAUGAGUUUCUUUGCAUCCAAAGCGAGCCCCACAUCAGUGAUUCUGGACUUAUGGGAGACCCAGCACUUCCACAGCGGUAAUCUCAAUCAGCUCGCUGCUGUGAUGGCUGAGAUUGGCAAGCAGGAGGCCAUGAUAUUCCUGGUGUCAGACGGGGAGUGCUGACACAUUAAAACUAGAGCACGGCGGCUAUCUCUGAGUGAUGGGGUGGGUGAAGGACACGACCCUCUGCCUGCCCCACCAUAGAUGAGAAACAAAUCAAAGAACAGGGUUUACCCAACUAUAUGAGGCCACUUCCCCAGUGAAUAAGGAAUAAAAGAAAAAGAAAGAAAAAAAUAAAACAAGACCAGGCUCAGGAGGAACCUGGCAGGGCUUUUAGAUGUACUGUGACUGAGACAAAUGCCCCUUUCUCAGAACAAAAAUCCAUUUGUUUUGAAAAUAAUGGUGUAUAGAAAAUCCCAGAUUCUAUGAUUCUGGUCCUGCCCUCAAUCACUGACCAAUAUGUACUUUCUAACCACAUUUGUGUUAGGCAAAUUGAUAUAUUAAUAUCAGACUGGAAACUAAAACGAAUCGGUUUGAACGAUAUCAAGCGGAAAACGUACACUAUGUAGGUAACUAAUUCUGAUGUGUGACAUGCAUUUUGUAAAUGUGUACCAUUUAGCAAUAUGCAAACACACAUAUCGAUGACAAUUUCCUUUGGCCGACACGUUUCUUACCUCACGAAGCAUUUAAAAAUUUUAGAGCGUUUGCUAAAUUUCAGGUCGAAAACAUUAAGGAAGUAAAGCGUUUUUGGUGAGAGCCAUCACUUGUUCCUCUGCCCCUGUGCACUUAACGUGUGUGUUCAUGAAGCCAUAAAGUCCUAAAUUCACCUCAACGCAAUGAUAUAUGUUCUGAUCCGGGUGGAUAAUCAGUAAAUAAGCACAGGAUUCUGUGGAUGUUUAGCUGCUGACGGAUGAGUGAUCAGGGACCUCAAACGUUUUCCUAGCUGUUUUGAAGAACAUUGGACUUUUGAGAAAAGGGGUCAGAAGUUCUACAAAGCAUUUUUCCAUGCCCGUCUUAUGUCAAUGGAACCCUUUCGAGACUAGAAUUUUCAUCUGAUUCCAUAGAAUUCCUUGUUUAUGAAGGAGAAAAAAAAAAGUUCCCCGUUGCAAAGGUUUUCUUCUUUUAUAAACAGAAAAUGCAAUACUACCAAAUGUUCCAUUGCUAUUCUCCUUCAUAUUUAAUGAGUCCAUGUUUCUCUGAAAGCCAUUUUGGCUUCAGGGCAAUUUCUUAGUUGUAGGAGAGAGAAUAUUUUCAUCA